CACAUAAAAAAGUAAACAAAUUAUUUGGCAAUUAAUCAUUACUAUUUUUUUAAUUGAAAAUGUCUGAUUCGGAUGAAGAUUACAUGUCGGAUAAGUUUUUGGCGGGGCUGGAGGAACAGCGUCCCAGUUUGGUACACUCUCGUGUCAAUAAACGCCGUAUCGAAGUUGAAAAAACUAAAGAAGAUCAUCGGAAACGGCAACGCGAACAAGCCUCUAUGUCCAAGAACCUUAACAAUGAGCGACUGCAAGAGGACUUGAGUCGUCCAAUAUCCGAAGACAACAAGGGGUUUCAAUUGCUGGCAAAAAUGGGAUAUAAAGCGGGUUCCAGUCUGGGCAAACAGGAAAAGAAUGGUCGCAUCGAACCCAUUGGAAUAAGCAUUAAAAAUGAUCGCGCAGGUCUGGGUAGAGAAAAGGCCAUUGCGGAUCUUGCUGCCAAAAGACUAGAGCUAAGACAAGCACAUCUUUUGGAAAAAGCUGGAAUUCAGAGUGGUGAGGAAAUCACCACAGAAGCAUACAGACGAAGAGCCACCCAAAAAGCAGAGGAAAGAAAGCUUAUAUUUGAUGUAAAACGAUGUCAGCAAACGUGUGAAUCUUUGGAUCUGGAGGCAGGGAUUCAACAGCCAGACUUACCAUGUUUUUGGCCACCCAAACCACAAGAAGAAAAGGAAUCGGACGAAGAGGAGGUUGAAACAGAAGACACCGACGAGGAAUCUUACAGUCCAAUGGAACAACUGGACAUGCUCACCUCUUAUCUUCGUACCUCUUAUAAUUUUUGUUACUGGUGUGGGACCCAUUAUGAAAGUAGUGAUGAUUUAGUUCGCAAUUGUCCUGGGACCACAAAGGAUGAUCACUAGAAAUGUCAUUAUUGCUAGGAGAAUAUAUGUAAUGAUAAGUAAAUCGAUGUAAAUAAAAAAGCGAAGGAAAUAGUCAGA